AUGAGGCUGAUGGUGAAGCUCCUAGGGCAACAUGGACGGGUUGCCGUCAUUGGGGGUUGCGCUGACUACACCGGGGCGCCUUACUUCUCUGCGAUGGCAUCGGCAAAGCUAGGCUGUGACAUGAGCCAUGUUUUCUGUGAACGCUCCGCUGCACAGGUUGUCAAAACUUAUUCGCCAAACUUGAUGGUUCACCCCAUUCUUCCAAGCUCAGAUUCCGUCAAGGAUCCCAAGUCCAUCAAUGCAUCAGAGUUAGCAGGCCCCAUUAUUGGCAUGCUUUCUCGGCUUCACGCACUGGUCAUUGGUCCAGGUCUCGGGCGUGAUGGAGUCACGCUUCAGGUCGUCGCUGAAGUGAUCAAGGAGGCUCGAAAACAAUCCAUUCCCUUCGUCCUGGAUGCAGACGGAUUGCUCAUCGUCACCCAAGAUCCAGAGCUCAUCAAGGGUUAUAAAGAAUGCAUCUUAACACCUAACGUCGUUGAAUUUGGGCGCUUGGCGAAGGCUUUGGGUAUUCAGGUCAGCAGCCAGGCACAGGCAGAGUCGAAGAGCAGCGAAGAUGAGAAGAUCAGCAAGGAAUCAGACGCCUGCGAGCAGCUGUCAAAGGCAUUAGGUGGAGUGACUAUCAUUCAAAAAGGACCCCACGAUGUCAUUUCGAACGGAGUGACCAGUCUCAUCUCAAAUGUGCAGGGAGGUCUGAAGCGCAGCGGCGGCCAAGGCGACACAUUGACGGGAUCCCUCGGCACCAUGUUGGCGUGGAGGGCAGCCUACCACGACAAGCUCUGGGAUUCUGGCGAGAAGGACAAUUCUCAUGAUGCGCAGAGCAAGGAGGAUGUCCAAGUCGAGCUUGAGUCAGAGGGCAAGCGUAUGUCGCCAGCGACAACACUGCUGCUUGCUGCAUGGGCGGGAAGCUCCAUUACGCGCGAAUGCUCACGCCGGGCCUUUCAAAAGAAAGGUCGCAGUCUUCAAGCCAGCGACUUAACAGAAGAGGUUCAUCCUAGCUUCCUCUCACUGAUCGGUGAGCCUGAGGGUUCAAACACGCACCUUUAA